CACGUCAGGGUGUGGCAUUCCAGACAUUAUUGCCCAUUCUCUACCUCUGGUAAAAAUCUCUGCCAAAAGAUCCAAAGACAAGUGACGGAGUAUCUGCUAGCUUCCAUGAACUGCCCCUUCCAUUUCCCCUCUGUUUACCAUCCCGGUAACCAGCCAGAACGCCGGCGGUUCUAUGUCUUCCACCGCCGUCACAACAACAAGCCUCCACCCUAUCGUUUCUCUCCAUCAUCUCCCCGUCGUCGCCACCACCGCCGUCGCCUCCUCCAUAAAUUCUUUCCCGAUUACUCAACCGGACUCGGCCCCUCCUCUUCGCCGUCCGGUAAAAGCCUCAAGUUAACCCCGGCAGUCCUCAGCGUACCUACCCGGCCCCUCCACCGCUUCAGGGAUGUUAUUGAGUCCAAGCUCGGCGAAUUCCUUGGCUCUGGCCGCAAGGCGGUGGAGGACCUGCAGACUCUUGUUCUGGUUGAUGAUUGGACCGGGGAGGUGGUGGUAUCCUGCAGCAGGUCCACGGUUCAAUUCCUAGGCACUAUAUUCCUUUCCAGUAUCAUUAUUCAUUUCACUAUUAGGGGUUUAAGUAAAUUAGUAGCUUUAGGGUUUCGAAAAAAUCACUCAGCAGGCAAUGUCCAAUUGGUGUACAAAAGGGAUCGGAGUCUAUCUGGAAGAGAAGUCUUGGUUGCAAAGAGGGAGGGAACUGAUGUUAGGACUUACACCAAUAGAGUUAACAUGCUUCGGAGUAUUGAUGCCGAGGGCAAUGAAAUAUUGGGUUCUUUAGACCAGGUUAGAGGUAAGAGGUCAUCUAAAAGAAGUAGUUCUGUGACAAGAUUGCCCAAAUGGUGGCCGGCCAUCACUGAUUCCUGCCAAGGACCGAUGGAGUAUCAGGAGGAGAAUCAGAGAAUUGCCAAUAAAUUGGUUCAAGCCAUAUUGGACAAUAGAAUGAGCGGAAGGGAUGUUUUGGAGAAUGAUAUUAUUCAAUUACGACAAAUAUGCAAAGCAUCUAAAGUGAGGGUCUCUUUUUCCACUGAACAUGCUCGAGAUUCUCUCUAUCGUACAUCUGUUGAUUAUGUUCUGAACUUCUGUGAAAGUACAGUGAAUCAACUGGGACCUAUUCACAUUAAUGGUGAAGAUGUGCAGAAGUUCAUUGCAGGACUUGCAGAUAAUAUUGACAUUGAGAACACUAGAGCUGCAAGAAUGGUAUCUGCGGCUGUUGCUGCACGUACUAGGUCCAGGCUUUUGCAGGCAUGGGCCCUUGAAAUGCAGAGCAAACAUGUAGGAGCUGUUGAUGAACUUAGAAAAAUAUGUUUCAUUCACAAGAUAUUCCCCCCUGAGGAGUGCUCGGCUGAGAUGGAAAUGGUUGGUCGAGGCCUUCAAAAGCACUUAAAUGUAGACCAAAGGAAAUUUCUAAUGAACACGUUCCGAGGAAUUUGUGGUGAAAAUUCUGAUAGAGGUGUGGCCGAAGCUCUGGGUCUCCUCUCUCUGGAUGAUGCUGUUUCUCAACAAGUAGCCAAUGAUUCCAUAGAUGAUUGUACAUAACUUCAUUUCAAAUGUGAUAUGCAUUUUGAUUUUAGUACUUUUGUUGCUGAUACAAUUUAAUAAUAACCGGUUUUAUUGAACUAUGAGAAUUACGUCAGUAUUUAUAAAGAAUAAAUGGAGAAUCUUAAU